AUGGCGGCCUCCACGAAAAAAGUUGUCAAUCUUCGGGAUUUGAUGAAAAAACAGCGUUUGGACGGAAGUGCGUCAAAACAGAAGAUCAAUUCACCGCUUGUGAAAUAUCCUUUUGUCAUUCUCGACGAUGAGAACCAAAAGGUUGAUGUGCCACCAAAUAAUCGCUUUAAAAAGCUUAUCACUGGCAACACACGAUCACACGUUGGGGAGGGUUGCCGCCGUACACAAAAUCUUGCUUUAUUGAAAAACAAAACACAGAGUAAAACUGCACCGGAUAGGACAGACACAUUUGUAAAACCAUCAGUUUCUGUGUCAUCAUCAUUCUCAGCUACCAAGAGGAAAAGUGACACCAAUGUAUCAAACACUUCUUCUGCUGUAAAGAAACAAAAAGUUCCUGAAGUUUCAUCCUCAAUGCAAAAAAGAUUACCAAUAGAUGUUUAUGAUGAUAGUGAGAGUUCUGAGGAAGAGAUGGAAGUCAGUACAACAUCAUCCACCACAACUACUGCUAUAGCUUCACAAUUACCAGCAGAUUUUUUUGAUAACUCAAUAUCGUCCACAUCUACAACUGAAGAACCAUCAUCAGCAAAUGAAUCAGCAAGUAAAGAUUCAAAGUCGAAUACUGCCGAGGCUUUACCAGAAGGAUUCUUUGACGACCCAGUGAUGGAUGCAAAGGUUAGAAAGGUUGAAGUAAAGGAUCCUAUGAUGGAAGAAUGGGAUAAAUUUAAGAAAAGCAUAGCUGAGGAAACAACGGUAUCGGAAGCAAUCCAAGAAGAAGAAGAUGAUGAACGUCAAAGAGAACGGCAAAUAGUGGAGCUAGAUGAACAAAUACAUUUCCUACAGAAAGUUGAGACCUUGCGAGAUAAAAAGGAAGAGAUCUCAACAAAGGUGGCGGAUGAAAAAAAUUUGAUCGAAAUGGAUAGAAGUAGUGAUGAUGAAGAUGACUUCGAAGAGUUUCUUGAUUGGAGGAGCAAAGAAGCAUGGAUGUAAAUUGACUGUAUACAUAGAGGGCUGGUUGAACUAUAGAAUGCUUCCUUUCAUCAUAACAACUGUACCAAUGAUGAUAGGAAUUGAGGCAAGAUGUGUUAAACCAACACUUUGCAGUCAAAUAGAGUCAGUGGCAUGACAGCGAUGUUAAGACUUCUAUGCUAACAGUAUAUCUCUUUAACAGUAUAUCUUCUACAGAACUAUUGCUGACUACCCUUCUACAGUGUCAAUAAAAACUUGUGCUCAUGGGUUUGCCU